AUGGUAAAUUGUAAUGAAAAUGAAUUUCAACAUUUUAAAAUUAGAUCAUUAAGUGAAAUUUCAAAACUCCAAUUAUUAUUUUGUCAACAAAUACCAUUAAUAAAUAAAUUUGAUAAUAAUUAUAAUAAUCAACAAAAUCAACAAGAACAACAACAAGAACAACAAAAUCAAAAUCAAAUUGAUGAUGAUAAUUAUAUAAAUAAUAAUUAUAAUAAUGAUGGUGAAAGUUUUUCAAGUAUUAAAGAAAUAAUUAAAAAAAUUAUAAUUGAUGGUAAUGGUGGUAAUUCGUCACAUUUAAAUAUAGUUUUUGGGUUAUUUUUAAAUGAAAUUGGUAUUAAAGUUCAAUUAGUUAAAACAGUUUUAAAUUCAAAUGGUAUUAUACACUUUUCAAAUAUUAUUCAAUGGAAAGAUGGAAAUGAUUAUUUCGUUGAUGUAGGGUUAAAUGUAAAUUCUUGUUUUCAACCAAUUGAAUUAUUAAUAAAUAAUACAAAUUCAAAUUCAAAUUCAAAUUCAAUUGUAAAUUUCAAUCAAAAAGAGUAUAGAGUUAGAAGAUUAAUUGAUGGUUCAUUUAUUUAUGAACAAAAACAAAAUAAUCAAUCGAUUUUUCAAGCGAUUUGCCAUUUUAAUAGAAAUUUAAUUUUAUCAAAUGACCAAUUAAUUUCAAUUUUAAAUUGUAAAUAUUUAUCAUCAUCAAUUCAAUCAACUUCUUCAUCAUCAUCAUCAUCAUCUUUAUCAAUACCACCAAUAAGUUUAUUUAAAUUAUUUGAUAAAGGUUAUUAUUUAUUUGAAAAUGAUUGUUUUUAUAUUAUAUAUUUUAAUAAUAGUAAAAAAGAUAGAGAAAUUCAAUUAAAAGAUUUCACUUCAUUAUUAUCAACAACACCAUCUGCAUAUAAUUAUGUAAAUUUAGAAAAUAACUAUAAUACUAAACAAUUUUUAAAUAAAUAUUUUAAUAUUUUAAUAUAA